AUGGCGUUGCAGAGUUUCGGUGACAUAGCCGCGCUUCCGGAGGGCUGCAUAGCCAAAGUCCUCUCGCUCACGAGCCCUAAGGACGCCUGCCGGCUAUCGGCGGUCGCCUCCACGUUCGACUCCGCCUCCCGAUCCGACGUCGUUUGGGAUCGGUUCCUGCCUUCCGAUUAUCGCGAGCUGAUGGCCGGCGCCGUCGACGAUCCUGAUGCCCGGCUUUCUCAAUUCCGUUCUUUAAAGGACCUGUAUAUGUACCUGUCUGAUCAUCCAAUUAUCAUCGAUGGCGGCCGCAAGAGCUUUUCAUUAGAGAAAAACACUGGAAAGAAAUGCUACAUGAUAGCAGCAAGAGAUCUCUUUAUCGUUUGGAGCCAAAGCGAUACGCCCCAUUAUUGGCGAUGGAUCCCUCUUCCCGAGUCUAGGUUCCCUGAGGUGGCAGAGCUUGUCAAGGUGUGCUGGUUCGAAAUACAAGGCAAAAUUAGUACCAAUAUGCUUUCGCCCAGUACAUGCUACGUGGCAUACCUAGUUUUCGCCCUCAAAGCGGAGGCUAAAGGAAUCCAUAACAACCCGGCCGAGGUUUUUGUGAAGUUGACCGGUCAGGAGACUGAAAAGUGCUGGGUGUUUAUAGAUUCGGACGGGCCCAACCAGCAGACGGAGGAGAUUGCAGCUGCUCUGAAUGCUAAUGAUAUCAGGCACCCAACACCAAGGGGUGACGGGUGGAUGGAAGUCGAGUUGGGAGAGUAUUUUGUCGAGGGAGGAGAAAAUGCUGAUCUGGAGUUUGGUGUGCUUAGGCUGAGGCACGGUAACUGCAAAAGUGGCGUCGUUGUUCAGGGGAUUGAGGUCAGGCCAAAAGCCGUAAGUAGUUAA